AUGCGGCAGUACAACAAAUCUGAGAUCCUGACCCGCCUGUACGGGCUGACGGCGGAGGAUCGAACCCGUCUUCUGCUCAAUAAGGGGAUGACGGAGGAGGAGUUGCUGCGGCUCCUGGAACACGGCUCUAUGUAUAUCACUGAGGAAGAGCUGUAUAUCAGCGAGAUCACGGAUUUACAGAGCCUUCUGCUCAUGUACGUGCCGCCUGUCCUUCUCGUCCUGGGCAUCAUAGGCAACGUCCUGUCCUUCAUCAUCUUGCGUCACCGGAUGAUGACGAAACAGUCGACUUACCUGUACCUGGCCGCCCUCACCGUGGCCGAUACACUCGUGCUGUUUGUGGGACCGCUGCGCGUCUGGGUCAGCCAGUUCACUGACCUCGAUAUUAAGGACCAGUCGAACGAAUUGUGUAAACUUGUUGUAUUUAUGGGCUACACAACCAGCGACAUCUCCGUCUGGCUCAUCAUCGCCGUUACAAUCGAGCGAUACAUCGUCGUCUGUCAUCCUCUACAUGCCAAUACCAUGUGUAACAUUCCAAGGGCCAAGAAGGUGAUCUUGACACUGGUAGUGUGCCUGAGCGCCAUCAACCUUCACUUCUUCUGGACGGUCGAACUGUCCAAGAACCCGCGGAAGAAUUCCCAGUCUGAUGUCGGUAACAACAGUUUGUUUUGCGACGGUGGUGAAGAGUUUAGCUAUUUGGUUGGGGGGCUGUGGCCUUGGGUUGACGCCUUUCUUUACUCCUUCUUACCUUUCUUCAUCAUCACCAUUCUGAACUGUGUCAUCAUCCGGCGCGUCACACAGGCGUAUAAGUCCAGGUGUCUCAUGCAGAAACGACAGACAUUGAUCACUGAUUCGCGUUCAGCGUAUCGUACCUCUAGCUGUAUCGAGCCUAACAUAAAGAUGACGGCCAUGUUGCUGACGGUGUCGUUCGCGUUUCUGCUGACCACGUUACCCAUGAACAUCUGUCUGAUAGUGUCGGCGUUAUGGCAUAUGAAGAAAGACCCCGUCUCAGUGGCCAGGUUUACUCUGGCAGAGACAAUCACAACUCUGCUGAUGUACACCAACCAUUCCAUGAACUUCUUUUUGUACUGUGCUGCGGGACAGAAGUUCCGCCAUCAGCUACUGAAGUUAGUGUGUGCUAAAAGUGUUUACCAUUUGACCUUGUCGGAAGCCACUCAGCAAAGUCUCAAGGUUAUUUCCCCACACUUCCGGCGAAAACGAUCGUUCGGCGAAAAUGGAGAAACAAAACUCAGUGACGUGAAAACUACUUAUGUGUAG